UUUCAUUCAUUUGUUUUAUAUUUUGUUUAAUAUGGCAGAAACUAUGUUGAAUAUUGAGGACAUGGAGAUUGUCUUGGACGAAGGUACACCAGACGUCAUUAUGGAUGUUUUUAAAGAUGACAACAUGUCUGAAAAAGACAUAUUUGAUUUUUUGGAUGUUCAAGAAAUCGAAACACCCACCAUAGAAACUAAAAUYGAAGUUCCAGAUGGUACUUCUGAAAAUGAAAAAUUAGCUAUUGUUUACAAUUUAGAAGGAAAUACCAUACAAAGCUAUGAUUCAGACCAAGACAUUAGUGCCAAACCUGUUGAAGAUAAAAUUAAUAACUCACAAAGCACAAGUACAAAAUUAGACGACAAAGAUGACGACAUUGUUGUUGAAGGACCCCGCUCAAGACAAAUGGGAAAAAUUCCAUUAGCCUUGAGGGGGCUCAUUGGUCAAGCAAAAAUGUUUAUGUUAAAAAAAAAUUAUAACAUGGCCAUUAAAAUUUGUGUGAAUAUAUUGAAAGAGUGUCCAAAUGCAUCUGAACCAUUUUUCACAUUGUCUGACAUCUAUGAGCAAAUGGGAAACAUGAAGAAAAGUUUGGAAACAGCUGUAAUUGGUAACAGUUUAAGUAGYGUAACAUCUGAAGAUUGGGUAUUAUUAGGCGAAACAUGUGAGGCAAAUAACAUGUUGCCUUUAACAGAUUUUUGUUUGACAAAAGCCAUACAAAAAGAUAGGCGUAAUUUAGACUUGCAUAUUAAAAGGGCAUCAAUAUUAGAACAACUUGGUACUGCUAAAAGUGCCAUGAAUGAAUAUGAUCGUCUAUUACGGAAGUUACGACCUGAUCAAAAAGAUUCAAUUACUGCUUUAUCUAAAUUACUAAUUGACAACUUUGUCAAAAACAAAAAUUAUGAACGUGCAUCAAAUAUAUUAAUACAUGUGUUUAGUUUGUUUCCUGAUGAUAUAAAACCUAAUGAUUUUGUUACAUGUUUAGAUUAUCUUGUUAAAACUAAAAACUUUAAAAAAAGUUUAGAAUUGUUGUACGAUCAUUAUAAUCUUGAGUUUAUAGCUGAUGUGAGUAAUGAAACAUCUAUAACAGAAAUUGUUGAAUGCAAUGCUCCUAUUACUAUGCCAAUGCUAGUAAGAGUCAAACUUAUUGAAAUUUUGGUGCAACUUGAAGCAUUUUCCAUAUUACCCCCAAUUUAUGAACCAGUUUUAAAUAUGACGGAUGUAAAUAGAUUUCAUUUAGAUGUUGCUAAUAUCCUGUUUGAGGCCAAUCAGCAUAAAUAUGCAAUUAUAUUUCUAGAGCGAUUGAUUAACUGUAAAAAUGAGAUAUUUGAUCAGCAUGCACUCAAAAUUAAGUAUUMUGAAUGUUUAAAAACUUUAGGACAUCUAGAACAAGCUAUUGACAAUUAUAACAAGCUACUGGAUGUCAAUCCACAACAAUUAACAGUUAAAUUUGAUCUAUAUAUGUCAUUGAAAAAGUUAAACAGAAUAGACCAAAGUCUAAAAGUAUUAUUUCAGAAUGGCGUGGAAAAUCUAGACUGUAGAUUGUUGUAUGAAUAUGUAUUGGCAUCAUAUGAUAAAGAUGAUAUGUUUGAGAAUUGUUGGAAAGCAGCCAAGUUGAUGUUUUCUCGUCACUGUUUACCUGUACAUUCGUUAAGAGAAGUUAAAUCUAUGUUGGCUAUACAUAAUGUAGAAAAUAGACACGAUACUUUGUUAACAAUGAAGAAAGAAUUGUAUGGUUAUCAACAUGAUAAUAUCUUGACCAUUAAUCCACUACCAAGUCCUGAAGAAGAAUGGAACAUUAUGUAUGGUAUUUGUUUGAAGUGCAUUGAGAAAAAUCUUUACUACAAAGGAUUAAAGUUGCUGCUUUCAGCAAUGAACUCUACUGUAUUAGUAAACUACAAUCAUCAAAUUGUUUUGAAUGCUAUUAAAUUUGCAUACAAAGUAAGAGCAUUCAAACUAGGAUUCAUGUUGUGCAGAUACUUAUUAUUAAAGUAUCCUCAAGCACCACAGAUUUCCAAUUUAUUUUGUUUCCUCUUGAAAAAGUGUGGUGCCAAAAAACAAGCAAAAUUUAUUUUUCGACUUGCUGCCAAGUAUCCAGAUAAUAUUGCCCUUAAUUUACUAGACACCAAUGUAUUUAAUGAUACAUAUAAUUAUCAGCUUUUAUUUUCAAGGUAUACUGAACUACUGAACAAACUAGAUGACAAAAGUCAGCUCUACUUCAUGCUUGGAGUGAUUAUACUCAGACUGUGUACAUUUAAAGUUGGUGCAGACAGACACAGUUUAUCACUCCAGGGCAUUGGAUUCUUAAUGAAGUAUAAAGAACACAGAGGUGUUGAACAUGAACAGGAAUGUUAUUUCAACAUUGCUAGAGCAUAUCAUCAAGUCGGUAUGGUAKCAAACUCUCUGCAUUACUAUAAAUUAGUUUUGGAAACCAAACCAUUUAGGGAAGAUUAUUGUUUAAAACAUGCUGCAGCUUAUAAUUUGCAUUUGAUUUACCUGGACUCUGGAAAUUUUGAAGUUGCGUUGAUGUAUAUUAGUCAUGUGCAAGUUUGAUUUAUUAUUAAUUUAAUUUUUGUAUUUAUUUUUUACU